AUGCCCACCAGCAGUCACUUCGGUUUGAAAGCAUUUGGAACCCUAGCAGCCCCAAAAAAACAACGAAUCAAGUUAAAUGGUAGGAUAGAAGUCAACAUGUGUUCCAUUGAGGCUCUAGUUAACAUGCGCACGAAAGCAAAGUGCGAAGGUAGUGAAACGAAGGGGAUAGAAAAGAGAGCACUCAAACUGAGUGGACAAUCGUCGCCAGGGACUUUACAAUCAGGACAACAACCUUCGAAGCGACCCGACAUAUCCCGCAGAGGGUCUUCAUCAUCCUCAUCAUCGAUCAUCGGGUUUGGCGCCAGAUCGUAG